AUGUCCAAUGACAGCUCCAUCACCACAUUUAUUCUCCUGACAUUUGCAGACACACGGGAGCUGCAGCUCUUGCACUUCUGGCUCUUCCUGGCCAUCUCCCUGGCUGCCCUCCUGGGAAAUGGCCUCAUCAUCACUGCCAUAGCCUGUGUCCACCGCCUCCACACCCCCAUGUACUUCUUCCUCCUCAGCCUCUCUCUUCUUGACCUGGGAACCAUCUCCACCACUGUCCCCAAAGCCAUGACCAAUUCUCUCUGGGACACCGGGGAGAUCUCCUACAUGGGCUGUACUGCCCAGGUCUUUCUGUUUGUCUCUUUUGUUAUAUCAGAGUAUUAUCUUCUCACUGUCAUGACCUAAGACUGCUAUGUUGCCAUCUGCAAACCCCUGCACUAUGGGACCCUCCUGGGCAGCAGAGCUUGUGUCCACAUGGCAGCAGCUGCCUGGGGCAGUGGUUUCUUCUUUUCUCUUCUGCACACUGCCAAUACAUUUUCACUACCCCUCUGCCAAGGCAAUGUCCUGGACCAGUUCUUCUGUGAAAUCCCCCAGAUCCUCAAUGUCUCCUGUUCACACUCCUACCUCAGGGAAGUUGGGCUUCUUGUGGUCAGCAUCUGUUUAGUAACUGGCUGUUUUGUGUUCAUUGUGCUGUCCUAUGUACAGAUCUUCAAGGUCGUGCUGAGGAUCCCCUCUGAGCAGGGUCGGCACAAAGCCUUUUCCACGUGCCUCCCUCACCUGGCCGUGGUCUCCUUGUCUGUCAGCACUGGCAUAUUUACUUACCUGAAGCCCCCCUUCAUCUCCUUUCCAGUUCUAAAUCUGGUGGUGUCAUUGCUGUACUCAGUGGUGCCUCCAGCAGUGAACCCCCUCAUCUACAGCUUGAGGAACAAGGAGAUCAAUGAUACCCUAAAGAAACUUGUGAAUGGAUCAUUUUAA